AUGGUUAUAAAAAGGAACCGCGACUCCUCUUCUCUUUGCAGAGCAAAGUCUGAUUUGUUUGCUUUAAUUAGGAACUGUAUUAUAUCUACAAUGCCGGGCAUUAUUACAUGCAAAGCUGCCAUAUGCUUGGGGGUAGGAAAACCCGUGACGGUGGAAGAGAUACAAGUAGAUCCACCAAAAGCAACCGAAGUUAGAGUUAAGAUGCUUUGUGCUAGUGUAUGCCACACAGACAUUUCAAGCACUCAAGGAUUCCCAUGUGGUAAUUUUCCUCUAGCACUUGGACACGAAGGAGUUGGUGUUGUAGAGACUAUUGGUGAUCGAGUGACAAAUCUGAAAGAAGGUGAUGUGGUAAUUCCAACAUACAUAGGCGAGUGCCGAGAAUGUGUGAAUUGUGUUUCAGAGAAAACCAAUUUGUGUCUGACAUACCCUGUAAGGUUGAGUGGUCUAAUGCCAGAUAACACUUCAAGGAUGUCCAUUCGAGGCCAGAGGCUACACCACGUUUUAAGUUGCGCUACAUGGUCAGAGUACAUGGUUAUUGAUGCCAACUACGUACUCAAAGUUGAUCCAAACAUUGAUCUAGCCCAUGCUAGUUUCAUCUCAUGUGGGUUUUCAACUGGUUUUGGUGCUGCUUGGAAGGAAGCCAAGGUUGAAAGUGGAUCAAGUGUAGCUGUUUUCGGUCUUGGGGCUGUUGGAUUAGGGGCUAUAAGUGGAGCCAAAAUAAUGGGAGCAACCAAGAUAAUUGGGAUUGACAAAAAUGAGAUGAAGAAAGAAAAAGGAGAAGCUUUUGGAAUGACUGACUUUAUAAAUCCUGGUGAUUCUGCUAAAUCUGCUUCAGAAUUGGUGAAGGAACUGAGUGGUGGAAUGGGUGUGGAUUAUUCCUUUGAAUGCACUGGAGUUGGCCCUUUACUUACAGAAUCAUUGGAAGCCACAAAAGUGGGAACGGGUACAGCAAUAGCAAUUGGUACAGGAUCAGAUCCUAUUGUGCCGUUUGGUCUUGCUUCUAUUAUGUAUGGUAGAACUUUGAAAGGUUCUGUUUUUGGAGGGCUUAAAGCCAUAUCAGACCUUUCCAUUAUAGCUAACAAAUGCCAGAAAGAGGAAUUUCCGCUUCAAGAACUAUUCACUCACGAGGUUCCUUUGGCUGAUAUAAACAAAGCAUUUGAGCUAUUGAAGCAACCCAAUUGUGUGAAAGUUGUCAUCAAGAUGUAA